UAAUAAUAGAAAAUAACAAAAGAUAACUGUACUAAAUUCAAGGUGAAAUAUGAGUGCUUCAGUUGAGCUAAUAUUGAUUUUAUUUCUUAGCAUCAUUACUUGUAACAAUGUGGAUAUUUGGUUUUAAAGGACCAUCUGGGUUCUCUUCUCGUUCUACAGCUGAGGAAGUUACUCAAGGAAUUGAUGGAACUGGUCUCACUGCUAUUGUUACAGGGGCAUCAAGUGGUAUCGGGGCAGAAACAACGCGUGUUCUUGCACUGCGCGGUGUUCAUGUCACUAUGGCAGUGAGGAACAUGGAUGCAGGGAAGAGUGUGAAAGAAGAAAUAAUCAAGAAAAUCCCCACUGCCAAAAUUGAUGUCAAGGAACUAGAUCUAAGCUCAAUGGCAUCAGUCCGAAAAUUCGCCUCAGAUUAUAGCUCAUCUGGUCUUAGCCUGAAUCUCCUCAUUAACAACGCAGGAGUGAUGGGAACUCCAUUCACUCUUUCCCAAGAUGACAAUGAACUUCACUUUGCUACCAAUCAUUUAGGUCAUUUUCUUCUGACAAACCUUUUAUUGGAGACAAUGAAAAAAACAUCACAAGAAAGCAACAAGGAGGGGAGAAUUGUGAUUGUGUCAUCAGAGGCUCAUCGUCUUCUAUCUAAUGGGAUUCGUUUUGAUGAGAUUAAUGACAAAUCAAAGUACAAGAGCUUUCCUGCUUAUGGACGAUCAAAGCUUGCCAACAUAUUGCAUGCCAAUGAGAUUGCAAGGAAUUUGAAGAAAGAAGAAGUGAACAUAACUGCAAAUUCAGUUCAUCCCGGAGCAGUAGCUACCAACAUUCUUCGCAACUCGGGUUUAGUAUUCGAUGCUAUCAGAACACUUGGAAAAUAUGUAAUACAACACAUGAUCAAAACUCCUGAGCAGGGAGCAGCAACUCAAUGCUAUGUGGCUUUGCACCCACAGCUUGAGGGAGUAACAGGUGAGUAUUUCUUGGACAGUAACAAAGCCAAAUCAAGCUCUCUGGCUAAGGACAAGGACUUGGCCAAAAAGUUAUGGGAUUUCAGCUUGGGCUUGACUCAAUCCAAGUAGUUGGAGCCAAUCCUAAAGUUGUUCCAUUUUUAUGAAUAGUUAAUAUCCAAUUGGGGAAAAAUCUUCUUUCUUUAUAUGAUUGUUUUUAUUUAGUCCUUUUUCUUAAGCUACUACUAGAGCUCAGCUCAAAUAAUUGGGUGGGUGAGUUUGUGUGAGUGGUGAGUGUUCAAGUCUACUUAAUGUACCCAUAUAUAUAUAUAUAUAUAUAUAUAUCCCCAUACAUAUUGUUAUAAGAAAUUAAAGAAAGAAUAUUGUUCCUUGACUUCA